CAGAGCCACAGAACCUUGGUCACAUCUACAGAAGGCCCUGCCAGGGGCUGCAGCUGAGGGUCUCAGCUCUUUUUUCACGAACAACAGAAAAUGAUCCAGUACCAGAGACCUGUGUCAUUCAAAGAUGUGGUUGUGGGCUUUACCCAAGAGGAGUGGCACCGGCUGAAUCCUGUUCAGAGGGCCCUGUACCGGGAUGUGAUGCUGGAGACCUACAGCAACCUCGUCUCAGUGGGUUAUAAAGGCACCAAACCAGAUGUGAUACUCAGGCUGGAGCAGGAAGAAGCUCCGUGGAUUUGUGAGGUGGCUUGCCCAGGCUGCCACUGUCGGGAAGACAUGUGGCAAGUUAAUGUCCAGAGGAAAAGACAGCAAGGCACGCUUUUAACGCAAGGUACAUCCCUCAGCAAGAAGACGUUGCCCAAGGAAAAAAGCCACGAACAUAAGUUUGGGAAAAUAUCACUUCUGAGCACUGAUAUUUUUCCUUCAAUUCAAAAUCCCAGUAACUGGGACUCUUGUGGAAAGAGUUUGAACCAUAAUUUAGACUUGACUGGUUUUAAGAGAAACUGUGCAAAAAAGCAAGAUGAGUGUUAUGGUUAUGGGAAAUUGUUAGAGCAUACACACCAUGACAGAAGACCUAAUGGAGGAAAACCUUGGGGUUGCAGUCACUGUGAAAAGGCUUUCAGCCAGAACCCAGCACUUAUGUAUAAACCAGCGGUACCCAGUUCUCUUGUGUACAAACGGAAGAGGGUUCCACCUACAGAGAAACCCCACAUCUGUAGUGAAUGUGGGAAAGCCUUCUGCUACAAGUCUGAAUUCAUUAGGCAUCAGAGAAGUCACACUGGGGAGAAGCCUUAUGGAUGCACUGACUGUGGGAAAGCCUUUUCACAUAAGUCAACCCUCAUUAAACACCAGAGAAUUCACACUGGGGUAAGACCCUUUGAAUGUUUCUUUUGUGGGAAAGCCUUCACCCAGAAGUCACACCGCACAGAACAUCAGAGAACACAUACAGGAGAGAGACCCUUUGUGUGCAGUGAAUGUGGGAAGUCUUUUGGCGAGAAGUCAUACCUCAAUGUACAUCAAAAAAUGCACACAGGAGAAAGACCCUAUCGUUGCAGAGAAUGUGGAAAAUCCUUCAGCCAGAAAUCAUGCCUCAAUAAACACUGGAGAACUCAUACAGGAGAAAAACCCUACGGAUGCAAUGAAUGUGGCAAAGCUUUCUACCAGAAGCCAAACCUCAGUAGACACCAGAAAAUUCAUGCUAGGAAGAAUGCCUACAGGAAUGAAAAUCUAAUAAUUAGCAAUGAACAUCAUCUCACAGACGGUCUGUGUGUCAGGAGUUCGGGAGGCGCCGCAGGAGCCGGACUCCCCGCCGACUGCGACUUCUUCCCCCUCAUCCUGGCCUUUCCGAGUCUUCGUCCACGCAGUCCCUCUUUCCAGACGGCAGCACACCUCAGCCUCAAUGCCAUAUGCAGUUAUCAAAAGGGACCCCUGCCUCCUGCCCUGGCCUCCGUCGUUUCCCCCACCCGGAAGCAGAAUCUAACCUGUCCAGCACCUCCACAAGAGCAGCGCCGACGCGCCCUAACAGCCACCGAAAAGAACCGGCUGCACAGCGCCACUGUCGCUCAUGAGUGGCACCGUGGUGGUCGAGAGGAGACGCGGGCAGCUGUUUGCUGCAGAAGUGUCGGCGCUCGAGCUGGGAUCCCCACAGAAAGGACGACAGCAGGGAGAGACAGCUGUGUCCUGAGCAGCUGCCUCCCCUCACUACGUAGACCCUCCUACUCAGUCCCCUGUGCUUUAGAGGGGCACCUUCCGCGGGUAGGGACACACUACCGGAAAGUCGCAGCUGAGCGUGCACAGCAGCCUUGGGUGCUGCAGCAGGGGCCUGCGCAACAGCAGGCGAUGUCCUUUGAGGACACCGGGGCAAUGCAUGAGCUUGCGGAGGGAUGGGACUCAGCGGUUGCAUGCGAGUGA